AAACCGAAACGUCAGCGGUCAGCUAUUCAAGUGCGUUAAGUCGAGUCGAUAAAAAUAAAUUGUUUACAUUUUCGAACAAUAACAUAAUAUAGCGUAAAGGCUUAGCUUGUUCUAAUAUCAAACUUCGAAAUAUAGUUCCGCAUGUUCAGUUAAUAUGCGAUAGUCAAGUAUUGUGGCUGUGUUUGUGUGCUAUCAGUAAACAAUGAAGGUAUUUUUAAUAAUAUUAUUUUUGGCCGUAACUUCGGCAAAAAAGGAAAGUCGCGUGAAUCCUGGCUAUGACUGCGCUUAUUGCCAGCCUGAACAAAUACACAUAGCUUUCGGUGAGAAAAGCAACGACAUAGUCGUAACAUGGACGACAUUCAACAACACGCACGAGUCGCGAGUGCAGUACGGGCAAGGUGUAAUGGACCAAGAGGCUGUGGGCACGCGCACGCGCUUCACAGACGGCGGUCCCCGGAAACGGUUCAUGUGGAUACACAGGGUCACACUGGCUGACCUCAAGUUUGACACGAGAUAUGAAUACCAUGCUGGUUCGAGUUACGGUUGGUCAGAGUUGUUCUCUUUCAAAACUCCUCCUGAAGGAGAGAAGUGGGUAGUACGUGCGGCCAUAUACGGCGAUAUGGGAAACAAAAAUGCUCACUCGCUGUCGUACCUCCAAGACGAGACGGAGCGCGGGCACUUCGACGUGAUCCUGCACGUGGGCGACUUCGCCUACGACAUGGACACGGACGACGCGCUGGUGGGCGACGAGUUCAUGCGGCAGCUGCAGCCGCUGGCCGCCGCCGUGCCCUACAUGACCUGCCCCGGGAACCACGAGGCCGCCUACAACUUCAGCAACUACCGCAACCGCUUCACGAUGCCGCAGGGGCACGAGGGCCUGUUCUACAGCUUCGACCUGGGCCCGGUGCACUUCGUGUCCAUCUCGACGGAGUUUUAUUACUUCCUCGAGUACGGCCUGAAGUUAGUCGCGGAGCAAUUCGACUGGCUCCAGAGGGACUUGGAGAUGGCCAACACCGCGGAGAACAGGGCGAAACGGCCGUGGAUCAUAAUAUACGGCCAUAGACCAAUGUACUGUAGUAACAUUGGGGACGAUUGCUGGAACAAUUAUCUGCCUAACCGGGUGGGACUGCCGGCUUACGGGUUCGGUUUAGAGCCGCUGCUCAAAGACUACGGUGUGGACGUCGUGAUCUGGGCGCACGAGCACUCGUACGAACGCACUUGGCCGCUUUACGAUCAGAAGGUGUAUAAUGGCACCACGCACCCCUAUGUUAACCCCAGUGCCCCGGUUCACUUAGUCACGGGGUCUGCGGGCUGCCAAGAGGGAAGGGACCACUUUAAACAUUCAGCCGCCAGCUGGUCGGCUUUCCGUUCUCAAGACUAUGGCUACACAAAAUUUAAAGCGUUUAACUCCACGCAUUUAAACUUUGAACAGGUGUCAGUGGAUCUUGGAGGCAUAGUUAUCGACAACUUCUGGUUGAUAAAAUACAAUAUGAGUACAUCUACAGCACAAUGAGAUCUUUGGAUAUUAAAUUCGGUUAAAACCAGGCGCGUAGCAUCGUGUAAGAAAACAACAAUAUCUUAUGAAUAAUCAUUUUUACCAAAAAGCUUAACCGACUCCCAAAUGUUAGAAUUAGACGUAAUUUAACUUGGACCACAUGCGAGGCACCAGCUUUGAAAUAAUAUAAGAAUCCUAAAAUCGGCUCAUCUUAUAAAAGUUAUGCGGUAACAAACACAAAAAUAUCUGUCGAAUUGCUAACCUGCUCCUUUUAUUAAAGUCGGUCAAAAAUAGUUUUAAUAACAAAAAACUAUUUUUUGAAUUAUAUAAAAGUCAUUCAUCAUACAAAAUGGAUUGUUUUGUUUACAAACACAAAAAUAAAGUCUUAUCAGCUAUAAAUGGUUUAAACGUCGACAAACUUACAAGAUUUUCUUAAAAUAAUUACUGUACAUAACGGAAUAUGCAGUUUUGGUAACUUCAGUAAUGUCAUUUAGAAUUUAUAAUUUAAAAAUUGUAUUCUAUGGACAUUUAAAAUUAUUUUGCCAUCAUAUAUCUAUACUAUAAUAAACAUGGUCGGGGUCAAAUUCUGUAUUAUACAUUGAAGAUAUUUAGAAUGUUUUUUGUGGGGCGUUUUAUUGUCAAUACUGAAGUAUAAAGUGCAAUUCAAAAAAUUUUUGUCUGUCUGCCUGUCUGUCUGUAUCUAGAAUGAAAAUUACACAAAAUUUACUAAACGGAAUUUGAUGAAACUUGCUAUGGUUAUAGCAACUCCGAGGAUCUUAUUUACUUUUCAUCCUGGGAAUCGAUACGGUGUCUGAGGGGGGAGGGGCGAAAGUAAAUCUAAGUAUUUAUUGACAAACGCGAACGAAGUCGCGGGUACAGCUAGUAAUGUUAUAAAUUAAAGAACCGCAUUAUUUUGCAGCACGUACUGAAAAAAAAUAUUUUUCAAAUGUAACAAAGAUAUCAAUAAAAUUUCACUAUUGUAUUGAGAGCACAUUUU